ACUGUUUGGUGAGCGUCCCUCUUCGGUCCUUAAUUGGACCGGGUUUACCCAAUAAAUUGGAGUCCAUUCAAUUGAAAGCUUCGCUGGCCCUCAUGCAAUCAGUUCAAGCUCCUCCUCUUGAAUGAUUGGUGGCAGGGGACGAAACGUAGACGGUUCUUGACAUGGACGAGCAGAGGAGGUGGGAGGAGAUGCCGGUGGACUGCUUGGUUGCCGUCUUCCGGCGGCUCGGCCUGGACGACCUCUCCGUCGCGGUGCCCUUCGUCUGCAAGUCCUGGCUCCGAGCUUCCAUGGAUCCCGGAUGCUGGAAGGUGCUCAACUUUCAUCACCUCGACUUCCUCCCCUGGAGCAGCUUCGCCAGGCGGUUCAUGGCGCGGCACGCCCUGCGCAGCUUCUCCUUCUCGGGAUUCAUGAAGGUGGCAGUCGCCCGGAGCCACGGAUCCGCGGUGGAGCUCAGGUUUCCUCCCGUGUUCGGCGCAUCUCUUCAAGACCUGGUUUAUGCUUCGAUCAAGUGUCCAAGAUUAAGGAUUCUUUCUUUGCCUGAUCUUACGUUGGCGGAUGAAGCCCACAUCCCGGAGAUGGUGGGCAAGUGGAAGGACCUCGAACGGCUCGAGAUGGGAACAAAGCCAUCGACUUUCUCGACGAUGGUCUCCGAGAUCAGCCGCAACUGCGGCAACUUCACAGCGCUCAGGGUAUCUGGAUCGAUCAAGAAGGAAGACGCAUGGGCGGUGGUGAACUCUCUUCCGGAGCUCAAACAUCUGGAGCUGAGCAAGUCGUAUCUGACCAAGGCGGAGCUGAUGGUCAUCAUGAACGGGUGCAGGAAGCUGGAGAGGUUGAGCGUCAGAAACUGCCUCGGUUUCGAGGCCGACGAGGAGGUGCUGAGAACGGGAUCGGGCAUCAAAGCCUUUGAGCACGAGGGUUCAAAGCUUCUUGAUGACAGUGGUUAUGAGACCGAUGAGCCCGAUUACCAUGAUUACUUCCUUCUGCCUCACUGCUCCUGUCACAUAUGAAAAAGGCCAUCAGAAACAUCUGCCAAAGGAAGACCGAUGGCAGAUUUCUUGAGCUCUCGUCUUGCUUUUGCUCCAAGUUCUCGUUUCUUGUUCCUCGAUUUGCAUGUUUAUUGUGAUUGUUAUUUGUUUUCUUUG